ACACUUUUCAUUUGUCGUUGUCUUGUCAGAGGCCUAGUUGGAAAACGAAUUAGUUGCACCACUAGUUAAUAUAUUCGGCAUUUAAAGCUCCCCGCUAGAUGUCUACAAUGUUAGCGCUACAUCUAUUUGGUUUGUUUGUGUGUCUCUUUUUGAGACAGCUUACGCUUGUUUCAACAAAGGGAGUGAUUAAAGUUGAACUCAAUAGGUUCAGUAACCCUAAUGGCAAAACAUAUAGGAGUGACUGUUGUGAUGGUCCGAAGAUAUUUGGUGUAUGUCAGUCUAAAUGUGACCAUCGCUUUAUAGUUUGCUUAGAUCAUGCAGAUGGUAAGGUAAAAAGUCCACCAGUGUGUUCAUAUGGUGAAAUAGAUACAGGAGAAAUAGAGAGAAACCGAAAUGUCUUUACGUCGUUUGGGAAAAGGAUUGGAAGAGUUAGUAACCCUAUGGUAUUUAAUUUGGAAGAAUUGCCGCCAAAACUUGUUUUGAAGAUUUAUGCUUACGACAUGGACGACAGUACGUCUGACGUUAUCAUGAUAUUUUAUUCCAUCGAAACAAUUACGGUUGGUAAAGAAAAGCCUUUAUUAUGGAACCGUUUAAGUUGGGCAACCUUGAAAGCCACAGUUUCUGUUGAAUGUAAAGCGGGUUACUACGGGUCAAAGUGUACAGUGCUGUGUUUUUAUUCUGAUGGAGACAGAGGUCAUUAUAGAUGCCAUAAUUCUACAGGAGCCAAAAUCUGCCUUCCUGGUUGGACGGGCAUAGACUGUAAACUAAGUAUUGAUGAUUGUGUUGGUUUUACUUGUGAAAAUGGUGGAAGUUGUUCAGAUCGGCAUCUCAGAGCUUUCUGCUCCUGUGCUAGCGGAUUUACAGGUAAUAAAUGUGAAGUUGACAUCAAUGAAUGUAGCAGUAACCCAUGUCAAAAUCAAGCAACAUGCAUUGACAAACCGAAUCAUUACCAAUGUAAUUGCACCAAAGAGUGGAAAGGAAUUAAUUGCGAAACAGAUAUCAAUGAAUGUCUGACAUCACCGUGUCAGCAUGCUGGCAUUUGUAUCAAACCAAAAAAUGGAUACCAGUGUCGGUGUAAGAAUGGGUGGGCGGGGAAUAAUUGUGAAACAGACAUUGAUGAAUGUCAGUCAUCUCCAUGUCUAAAUGGAGGGAUUUGUGCGGACCAAUUAAACCAGUACCAGUGUAACUGUCGGGGUGGAUUUACAGGUGUUAAUUGCGAAACAGAUAUAGACGAAUGUCUGUCACUGCCUUGUCUCAAUGAUGGAAAUUGUAUCAACCAACUGAAUCAAUAUAACUGUGUUUGCAAAGGCGGUUGGACGGGGUUUAAUUGCGAAUCAGAUAUAGACGAAUGCCUAUCAAGGCCUUGUGUGAAUGAUGGAAUCUGUAUUAACCAACAGAACCAAUAUACAUGCACUUGUAAAACAGGGUGGACAGGCCUUAAUUGUGAGACAGAUGUUGAUGAAUGCAAAUCUUCACCCUGCCUCAAUGAGGGUACAUGUGUCAACCAACGUAGUCAGUAUUUAUGCCACUGUAAGGCAGGGUGGGUGGGGCUUAAUUGUGACGUUGACGUCGAUGAAUGUCAGUCAUCCCCUUGUCUCCAUGGUGGAUCCUGUAUAAAUGAACAGAACCGUCAUGAUUGUAUAUGUAAUGAAGGGUGGACGGGACUUAAUUGUGAAUUUGACAUUGAUGAAUGCGAAUCGUCGCCUUGCCGAAACAACGGCAUAUGCCUCAACAGACAAAACCACUUUCAGUGUAAUUGCAAGGAUGGAUGGUCGGGACCGCAAUGUGAACUUGAUAUUGAUGAAUGCCUUUCAUCUCCCUGCCUCCAUAAUGGCAAAUGUAAAAAUGAAGUGAACCAGUUUUCAUGCCAAUGUACACCCGGUUGGGUGGGACCUCAUUGUGAAGUUGACAUCGACGAAUGCAGGUCAUCUCCUUGCCUCCAUGGUGGAUCUUGCAUCAAUCAAGAAAACCAAUAUUAUUGUAAUUGUAGCAAAGAAUGGAAGGGGAAAAACUGUGAGACAGAUGAAGACGAAUGUCAUUCUUCGCCAUGUCAGAAUGGUGGCUUUUGUAAUAAUACUAUAGGUGGAUUCACCUGUUCAUGUCCAAAUGGAGUACUCGGCACAUUUUGUGAAAUUGAUAUAAAUGAAUGUAGCAGUAAUCCAUGUCAAAAUAAAGCAACAUGUAUCAACAAAUUGAAUCUUUAUGAGUGUAACUGUACUGCAGGAUGGACAGGUAUUAACUGUCAAACAGAAAUUGACGAAUGUCAAUCAUCACCAUGUCAACAUGGUGCUACCUGUCUAGAUGAUGUUAAUCACUAUACAUGUUUGUGUCCAUAUGGUACAUCAGGCUUAUACUGUGAAAUAAAUUAUGAUGAAUGCGAAAGUUCACCUUGUCAAAAUGGAGGAAAUUGUACAGAUAAUGUUGGCGGUUUUACGUGUGGAUGUUUAAAUGGUUUUACUGGAGUAGUUUGUGAAACCGAUAUAAAUGAUUGUCAUUCUACGCCAUGUUUUAAUAAUGCUACGUGUAUUGACCAUGUUGAUAUGUAUGAAUGUAUAUGUCAACCAGGAUAUAAUGGUACACACUGUGAGCUGGAUGUUGAUGAAUGUGAAUAUAAUCCAUGCUUAAAUAACGCUACUUGUUUAAACGAACCGGGAACAUUUAGCUGUGAAUGUCCUGUAGGUUUCGGAGGCGCAUUUUGUGAAGAGGAUUUCUGUGGCACGUAUCCUUGUAAAAAUAACGCUACUUGUAUUGGGGUGUUUAAUGGUUUCAACUGCAGUUGCUCCGAAGGUUUUAAUGGAAGUCUAUGCGAAGAAAACAUAGACGAGUGUGCUAUCAAUCUAUGUCAAAAUAAUGCAACAUGUGAAGACGUCGAUAAUGGAUUUGUAUGUCACUGUUUGACUGGAUUUACCGGUUUAAUGUGUGAAAUAGUUAUAGACCAUUGUAUUAAUAAUACAUGUUUCAAUAAGUCAGCAUGUGUUAAUAAAUUAGAUGGUUAUUAUUGUAACUGUCUUGAUGGAAAGACAGAGUUAAAAGUACCAUUCUUUGUAAGAGGAAAUUUAAAUGAAAAGGAUAAAUUAAUACUAAGGGAGGGUAUGCAAAAUGUUUUAGAUAAGAAUAGUAAAUAUGAGGGAGCUGAGGUGAAGAUACAUGUGAAAACUGAAAAUUUCUAUGGCGGACAGAGUGAGGAAAUCGUUAUGGUGAUGUUUAGCGUUUCUGUUAAUGAAACAUUCAUCUUGGAUAAUAAAAUUACCAAACUCAUCAAUGAACUGUCUGUGGAUGGAUUUUGUAGUUAUUUCCCCUUUCAGAUUUAUACUGGAAAAACAUACUUACGGAGACAAGAACCAACAAAUACAUUGCCUAUCAAAUGGAUCGUUGCUAUUUCAACGACAUCGGGAAUCAUCAUAGUUUGUGGUUUGAUGACGUAUUUCCUGACCGUAUAUUUCAGGAAAAAGAGACAAGCACAUUUUGACAGCUUAUAUAAUGAUAUAACUGAACAGGCAUUUGAUAAUGUUAUGUAUUUAGAUAGAUGUGACAAAGUGCCAAACAAUCAGGAUAAUUCUGUUGUGGACCAUAUUGAAUAACAUAGUGAUUAAAUGAAUGAAUACUAUGUUAUAUCGAACGCAACGGACCAAUGACAGCCAUCGCAAUGUUUUAUAUUUUAUUUCACGUUUAAUUCAAGAUGCAUUAUGUUACGGUGGCUGAUAAGGGACAUGAAAAAUAAUAUAAUUUAUUUUGUAUAAUUUUCACCCAAGUCAAUUUUAAUUUUCACCCAAGUCAAUUUUAAUAUAAUUUGUUUUUUAUAAUUUUCACCCAAGUCAAUUUUAAUAUUAUUUGUUUUUUAUAUUUUUCACCCAAGUCAAUUUUAAUUUCCACCCAAGUCAUUUGUAAUUUAAUUUGUUUUUUAUAAUUUUCACCCAAGUCAAUUUUAAUUUUCACCCAAUUCAUUUCUAAUAUAAUUUCAAUUCUGUUCAAUUUUCACCCAGCGCGUGAUGUCAUCUCAAUUAGCCUCGUUUCCAAUGUAAUGUAUUAUGUUUUAUAUUAUAUGGUUCUCAUACUGUAAUUAGCAGAUUGCAAUGUAUUAUGUUUUACCUUAUAUCAAAUAGAUAUUUUUAUACACCCACAUUUUCAUAUGGACGUAUAUUGUCGUCACCCCUGUCCGUCCGGACGUCCAUCCAUAAUUUGUUUGUGGACACUAUACAGGUCAAGAUUCUUAUCCGAUUUUGACGAGACUUACAGGUUAUCUCCAAAAGAUCUCGGUUUCUUUCGAUAUUAGCAUGUAUCGGAUUAAAACUUCAUGAAUUAUGGCCCCUGAUCGUACGAAAAGUCACUUUUUUUCUAGCGUGUGGACACUCUAGAGAUCACAAUUUUCAUCUGGUUUCUUUCAAUAUUCCCGCUUUUCGGAUCUUAACUUUCUGAAUCUCGUUUUAGACUGUGGUUCCUCUAGAGGUCACAAUUUGUAUCAGAUUUAAAAAACCGUUUGAAUAUAUCACCGUUACGCCCUAAUGAUGAUUGAGUUCGAAUUUUCUGAAAAUCUGAUCGAAACUGGCGGACAAAAUGGUCGCCCCUCGUACGCAAACUUUGAGAGGGAGAGAGAGAGAGAAAUGGGGUUUAACAUCCACUCGACACAAACUAGGUCAUUUCGGGACUAACAUAUGAUUUAAUUUUAUUUCAAUAAUUCGCUUGCGCGUAGGUGUCUUUAGAAGUGGGAGGAAAGCGGAGGACCCGGAGAAACCCCACGAGGUUGGACGCAAACUUUGAUGAAACUUAAAAUAUAUAUCCCAAAUAUCUCAGUCCAUGUCGAUAUUCGCGCAUUUCGGACCAUAACUUCAUGGAUUAUGGCCCCUGAUUGUAUGAAAAAUAGCUUUUUUUAUUGCUUGUUCUCAAUCCACCUCUUGCAAAAUAUGGGCGUAUCUUGCCUGGCAACUACUGGUUCUCAUACUGUAAUUAGCAGAUUGCAAUGUAUUAUGUUUUACCUUAUAUUAAAGAGAUAUUUUUCUCAUUCUGUAAUUACAUGUAUCAGAUUGUAAUAGAUUAUGAUUUACCUUAUAUCAAAUAUUUAUUUUUCUCAUACUUUUAUUAUCAGUUCUGGUUUAAAUUAUAUAUGUCACCAGAAAAGCCAUAACUACUGUAAUAAAGAUUUUUGAUAUUAUAAAAUGAUGACUUUUUAGGUGAACACAAGCAGGCCUGUCAGCGUAUCAGAGCCAGAAAUGAGGCCUGUAAUUACAUUUGAUUUAUACUUUAUGGACUGAAAUUAUCACAAGAUCUCUAAUUCAAAGGGAAGAAAUCUUGACUUUCAUUAAAUGUUCAGAAUUGAAAGGGGGGGGUGCGAAUAGUGAACGUGUGUGCAUUGCAUCAUAAAUGCAAGUGGCGUGGUUUCGAUUUCCCGCUCGUACGUGGCAAGGAGUAGGGUUGUUCGUCCAGUACUCCAGUUUCCUUCCAUUACUAAAGACCACUACACACAAACUGACUAUUGAAAUGAAUGAAUUAUAGUCCUGAAAUGACUAUCGACUCAAGUAUCUUGCGAGAACCUCCCUGGGGAGAUUUGCUAUAUAAAUAGGCCUAUAUUGGAAAGUGUAAUAAACUUUUUUUUGAAAAUAUCCAAAAAUUAAACUGAAAGGAAACACCAAAUCCAGUUGAAGUGCCCCAAGUCCAAGAAAAGAGACCCUCUGUGUCCUGUAAGAAAAGGGGCCCUUUGACUUUAUGGCAAAGCUAUCUGUGUUUGUUUCCAGUAGUAAGGUCAAGAUCCAUGCGUGUGAGCCAUCAUUCAUUAGUGCACAUAGGCCAAGUUGUUUUUUGUUAUCUCUUUCCAACAAACCGCGCUAAAUUCUAUGUCUGGAUGUUCGGUAGCGUUGUCUAUGAUGGGUGCUUAUAUCAAUAUCCAGGCCCCUAGUACAUUGGCGAGCAUGUAAAAUAACUCUUGACAGUUGAAAUUUCACUUCGUGCCGCUGACAGAGGAAAAUUUCCCGUCUGGCAUACUGUAUUCAUUAACCCAGUCGGAGUAGGACGUAAAACCCCCAUUUCAUUUUAUUUCAAUGCGUAUCACUGUCAGAUCCCGACUAAGAUUGUGUCGACCCCUGCACGUUUAUUUUCCCAAUGGCGGGCGAAAAUUAGUGUUUUGGAAACGAGGCUAAUUGAGAUGACAUCACGCACUGGGUGAAAAUUUAACAGAAUUGAAAUUAUAUUACAAAUGACUUGGGUGAAAAUUAAAAUUGACUUGGGUGAAAAUUAAAAUUGACUUGGGUGGAAAUUAAAAUUGACUUGGGUGAAAAUUAUAAAAAAACUAAUUAAAUUACAAAUGACUUGGGUGGAAAUUAAAAUUGACUUGGGUGAAAAUUAUAAAAAAACAAAUUAUAUUAAAAUUGACUUGGGUGAAAAUUAUAAAAAACAAAUUAUAUUAAAACUGACUUGGGUGAAAAUUAUAAAAAACAAAUUAUAUUAAAAUUGACUUGGGUGAAAAUUACAAAAAACAAAUUAUAUUAAAAUUGACUUGGGUGAAAAUUAAAAUUGACUUGGGUGAAAAUUGUAAAAAAACAAAUUAUAUUAAAAUUGUGGUUUCGAAUCCCCGGUUGUACGUGACAAGGAGUAGGGUUGCCUGUCCAACCUCGUGGGUUUUCUCCGGUUUCCUCCCACAGCUAAAGAUCCCUACGCGCAAGCGAAUUAUGGAAAUAAAAUUGAACCAUAUGUUAGUCCCGAAAUGACCUAGUUUGUGUCGAGUGGACGUUAAACCCCAUUUCUCUCUAUAUAUAUUAAAAUUGACUUGGGUAAAUAUUAAAAAACCCAAAUUAUAUUAUUUUUCAUGUCCCUUAUCAGCCACCGUAUUAUGUAGAUUUUAGAUAAAGAGCUUGCCGUUCCUGCCUUAACAGUUCAAAAAUAGAUUGAUUACUAUGGAUUAAAACAUUUUGUCUGGAGUCAC